AUGACUUCUAAUGUCGAUGAUAUGUUUGACUUUCUUCAACCAGAAACUCAAAACAAAGAUGAAGCUAAAGAAGAAGAAGAAAUUAAUGAAUAUCUAAUGAAACGAAGAAAAAUUAUUGAAGAUAAAUACAAAGAUUUAUUACCAAGACCAGAGUCUACACCUAUUCUUGAAGCACAAUACCAAGGAUGUACUCAUGAAGUUGCAGUUCCAGAUGGACAAGUAGCAACAGAACAAACUUUAAAUCCACAAUAUCCAACAGAACCAGCUAAAACAUAUCCAUUUACAUUAGAUGAUUUUCAAAGACUUUCAGUAUCAUGUAUUGGUCAAAAUGAAAGUGUUUUAGUUAGUGCACAUACUUCAGCAGGAAAGACUGCAGUUGCAGAAUAUGCAAUUGCUAGUGCAUUAAAAAAUAAUCAAAGAGUAAUUUAUACAUCACCUAUUAAAGCAUUGUCUAAUCAAAAAUAUAGAGAUCUUCAAGAACAAUUCACAGAUGUUGGAUUAAUAACUGGAGAUAUUACUAUUAAUGAAGAGGCAUCAUGUCUUGUUAUGACAACAGAAAUUCUUAGAAAUAUGUUAUAUAGAGGGAAUGAUGUUAUGAGAGAAGUAGCAUGGGUUAUAUUUGAUGAAGUUCAUUAUAUGAGAGAUAAAGAACGAGGAGUUGUUUGGGAAGAAUCAAUUAUUUUAUUACCAGAUACUGUACAUUAUGUAUUUUUAUCUGCAACAAUACCAAAUGCAUUUGAAUUUGCAAGUUGGAUAGCCAAUAUUCAUAAACAAGCAUGUCAUGUUGUUUAUACAGACUAUAGACCAACUCCAUUAUGUCAUUAUCUUUUCCCAGCAGGAGGAAAUGGAAUUUAUUUAGUUGUUGAUAAAGAAUGUAAAUUUAGAGAAGAAGGAUUUAAUAAAGCAUUAACUUCACUUGGACUUGAUGCAGUUGGAAUUAAAACAACAUCAAAACAAAUGAAUAAUAAACCUGAUGUUAUUAAAAUUAUAACAAUGGUUAUGAAAAAUAAUCUUGCACCAGUUAUAGUCUUUUCAUUUAAUAGAAAAGAACUUGAAGUAAUGGCAAAAACAUGUAAUAGAAUGGACUUAACUUCAGAUGAUGAAAAAACUAUAAUUGCAAAAAUCUUUAAUAAUGCUAUUCAAUGUUUAAAUGCAGAAGAUAGGAAAUUAGAACAAAUAACAGAACUUCUUCCAUUAUUAUUAAAAGGAGUAGGAAUGCAUCAUUCAGGAUUAUUACCUAUAAUGAAAGAAACAGUUGAAAUAUUAUUCCAAGAAGGAUUAAUAAAAU